UUGAAGCAGUUCAUUCUUCAUAGCGUGCAGGGAUUUCCUGUGAUUCUCAUCCAAACAGAACUGUCUUAGUAGUCCACUCCACACUGCCAGGUUUGAAGGACGGUACGCCUCUUUAUUCUUUCUUGUCUCUCUCUGGGUAUUUUUUGAUGAUUAAAGCUUCGAGAUUUACAAUAACUCAAAUCCUUCGAACAUCGACACGGCCUUGUCUAUAUUUCGUAAGAACAACUUCUGAACCAUCGUUGAAUGCCUUUUCUAUCCCAAAAUCAGCUUUCUCCUCCCCCUCCUAUUCGUCUCUAGUAGAGAUUAUACCGGAUUCAGAGUCCAAUUCUCUCUCAAACCCACUGUUGCAUUUUCUCCCUCAAACCCAGAACCCCAACAACAUAGUCAAUCUCGUAUGCUCAGCUCUCAAACAAGGGCAUUCGGGUCUUGUCCUUCUCCAAAAUGACAUAAAAGAGAUUCUUCCUCAUCUGGGUCCCCGUGAAGUCUCGAGGGCUUUGUUGAGAUGCCAGUCUGAUCCUUCCAUGGCUCUCACUCUCUUCAAUUGGGUUAAAAUUGAUUUGGGUAUUAAACCCACUACACAUAAUUAUUGUCUUGUUGUUCAUAUAUUGGCCUGGUCUAGAAAGCUCUCUGAAGCGAUGAAGGUGUUGACUGAAUUGGUUGUGCUGGCUAGAGACCAUUCACCUGGUGAAGAUAUUUUCAAAAGUCUGGUUUUGUACAGGGAAGAUUGUAAUUGGGAUCCUGUUAUUUUUGAUAUGCUCAUUAAGGCCUAUGUGAAAGUGGGUAUGAUUGAAGAAGGGUUUAAGACUUUCAGGAAAACUUUGGAGGUUGGUUACAUACCCAGUGUGAUUGCUUGCAAUUUUCUUUUGAAUGGCUUAUUGAAGUUGAAUUGUAUUGAUCAUUGUUGGCAAGUUUAUGAAGAGAUGGGACGAAUAGGGAUAUGCCCAAAUUCAUGUACUUUCAAUAUUUUGACCAAUGUUUUCUGUAAGGGUGGAGAUGUGGAUAAGGUUAACGAUUUCCUAGAGAAGAUGGAGGAAGAGGGGUUUGAACCUGAUUUAGUGACAUAUAAUACUCUAAUCAAAAGUUAUUGUGAAAAACAAAGGUUGAAUGAUGCAUUCUAUUUGUACAGGAUCAUGUAUCGGAGGGGUGUGUUACCUGAUUUGUAUUCAUAUACUACAUUGAUGAAUGGUCUUUGUAAACAGGGAAAACUGAGAGAGGCUCAUCAGCUCUUACAUCAGAUGAUUCACCGUGGAAUGGAUCCUGACAUCGUGUCAUAUAACACACUUGUUUUUGCUUACUGUAAGGAUGGAAAGAUGCAAGAAUCAAGGUCCUUGUUGCUUGACAUGAUAGGAUAUGGGAUUGACCCUGACCAUUUUACUUGCCAUGUUAUAGUUGAAGGAUAUUGGAAACAGGGUAAGCUGCUUUCAGCUUUGAAUUUGAUUGUGGAACUUCAGAGAUUUGGUGUUUCUAUCUCUUCGGAUACUUAUGAUUAUCUAUUAGUUUCUUUAUGUCAAGAGGAUCGGCCAUUUGCAGCAAGGAGUCUUCUAGCUAGAAUUUCCCAGGACGGUUAUGUCCCUAAAUUGGAGAUCUUUAAUGAACUGAUUGAAUCUUUCUGUAAAUGUGAUUGUGUGAUGGAUGCAAUCCUUCUAAAAGCGGAGAUGGUAAGUGCAAAUGUAAAACCAAAUCUCACUACGUAUAGAGCUCUUAUAAGUUGCUUGUGCAGGAUAAGCAAGAGUAAGGAGGCUGAAUCCUUGAUGGUAGAAAUGCUUGAAAAUGGUAUGCAUGCGGAUUCAUUUAUUUGCAGGGUACUAAUAUGUGGGUACUGUAAAGAAAGGGACACUAAGAAAGCUGAAUUGUUAUUGAAAUUUUUCUCCAAGGAGUUCCAAAUUUUCGAUACCGAAAGUUAUAAUGCAGUUUUGAGAAAUUAUUGUGAGGUUGGGGAUGUACCCAGGGUGAUGGAGCUGCAAGAGAGGAUGCUGAAACUGGGAUUUGCACCAAACAGCGUUAGUUGCAAAUACAUGAUCCAUGGGUUAUGUAAGGCCAUGGAACUCGAUGAAGACUAGUUUUAUGUACGACGAAAAUGCAAUGGAGAUUUAUAGCGUAAGAAUGGCUAGAGAUGGUUACAACUGAUAAUCCUAGUAUAAGGAAAAACUAUUUUGCUGGCUAGAUCAUCUGAAACGAAUACGUCACGUGUUCUCAGAUCAAAGUGCAAUAAUCUGACUUUAUUAUGGAUAGUGUAAUUCGAGUUCUGAUUGAUGAUAUCAAAGCCUCAGGCAUCUGAUCCACUGAAAGGCAACUCCCUCAUGCUACUGGGAAAGGAGUAAAACUGGUUUCACCAGUUUUCUGGUGACAUAAAAGGAUAGCAGGAAUGCUGCAGGAUCCAAUGUCAAGCACUGCUCAAGUGGGUAAGAUAUCGAUGCCAGGUUUCCUCAGGAUUCCUACUUUCUUAUGAUGUAACAAUAAAUCAAAUUAAACAACUUGUACUCUUUUCCCUGCAUGAAGGCAGGCUGUUUUCAGUUGAUUUAAAUGUCUAAGUCUAUGAUGAUGAGAGUCGAUUGUUCUAUAACACACGCUUUCUGUUGAAGCGAUUAGAUUACACUGAGUCAUGUUAGCUAGAUGAUCUGAGAGAACUGCUUCAUUUGUCCUUGUCCUCAAAGUAAAGUAACGAGUCUAUGAUAAAGGGUAUAGUUCAUAUCUAUAUAUGUAUAAUUGGUGCAUUUCCGGCCUUCUCCUGGCGAGUUGCAAUUCUUUUUUGUACUCUCGCAACUGACCUUUGUUUUGUGCAGUAGCUGUGGAUCAAAAACGAAAUCGUUGUCCCUUUGUUCAUACAAGUGUGCCCAGUGAAUGAAUAAGACAAAAAUCUAUACUCCAUCUUAGAUUCAUGUAUCUGCAUUUAUACAAAGCUUCCCCGCAAAGCUUCUUUCGGCAAUCACUUCGGUGCAUGCAUCUCCUGGGUCCAUGAUUUCGGCACAAAUUGAGACCGCAGUGACGCCAACGCCAUGAUUCGACUGCACCUUCCUCUUCGAUUUGUAGCUCAAUUUCUGCUGCGCAACCUUCCGCUUCAUGUAGCUUUCAGUGUUUCACUGUGAUGCUCUGUCCACAACAAUCUCAUAGAAGCUGCUGUGUGAAGAACUCGAGAACUAAAUGUCUAGAUCCAAUGAAUUGCCGUGAGUGAAUGUGGAGUUUGAGGAGAUUUGGUGUUCGCUGCAGAGUCACGUGGAUUCGAUGAGUGCCUGAAUUGAAUUACAAACGGUCAAAUUGAAGAGACUACGAAGUGGUGAAGACUCGAGUCAAGCUCGAGUUGGCACAAUGGAGGUAGACUUCCCUGCUUCUCUGAGUUGGAUGAUAUCAAACUCCGGCCAAGGUUUCUGCUUUGCUUCGCCUUGCGCUCGACCUCGCCGUUGGCACGGAAACUGGAAUGCUUGAUUUGAUCUUCAAGUGAUGGGGUGUAUUGACGGUUUGGUAGUGUGUGUUAGUUUUGGCGCUAGGCUUUAGGUAAGACCUGCUUUUGAAAUUGAGGACUACUAUUUCCCUAAUAUGCGACUUUGUUUCUGUGAACAGAUCUAAGUCUUCGCUUCUGAAACUUUGUUAUUUUGUUCGAGGAUUUGUUUCUGUGAUAGAUUGAGAAUUGUUGCCGCUCACAUCAUCUCUAGAUCUCUCCAUUAUGGUGAUGAAUGGUCUUUGGUUUGGUUAUGCAUGCUGAAAUUCAAUUCGUAGUUCUUACGCUAUUGUUUUUGUUCAUGGUUUUUCAUUGUCUUCUCAUUUGUUCUUUAUGGGUUCUCUGUGUUGAUAUCUCUGCUUUUUUUCCCCCUAAAGGUUUCAUUUUGGGGUGUUUUUGGUAGAUUAAAAAUGGGUUAUUGCCCAUGUUUUGGUCUGAGAAGGAGAACCUGGCCAAAGCGGGAGGCUGUCAUUCUGAGCCGACUACAUGCGCAUCUAGUGCAGUGAAUGCUAUUCGCUUUCCCCUGUCCUUUCAUUCAAAUGCCCCUGAAUCUGAGCUCUGAAGCCCCUUCUUUUUCACUAUCUUCUGGGCUGUCACAGCUAUUAAUAGUGUGAAUUUAGAUGUUUUUGUGUAAGUUUAAAUCUAUAUUCCCUUUCAUAACAGAUUGGUAACGGUACAAUUGUUUAUAAUUUUCCUGUUCUGUAUGAUAACAUUGUCCCAUUCAAACGGCAGUUGUAGAGAGAUUUGGGGGGACUCCACAAUUCCCUAGAGGGGUUAAUUACAAUAUACUCAGCGAAAGAUAGGGGUGUUUUCAUUUCAUUCACUCAAAGAUGUUCGUUUACAAUUCACUCAUAUAGAGAUUCAAACGUUUGCGAUUUCCUCACUCCGUCAACGGAACCGUUAGUCAAUUGACGGUCAACGUUGACAUGGUCGUUAAAUGUAUAUAUGGACUAUUAUUUACUAACGUGACACUUCUUUUUAAAUUAUAUACGUAUUUGAUAUUAUUUACAUUAAAAUAUUUUAUUAUAUUAUAAAAUCUAAGUCGUCUAAAAGAGGAAGACGGCAUUUGCGAUUACCCUAGCCUUCAUUAUCCCUUUCAUUAGGGACUGCUACACCAAAUUGAUAACCAAAUCUCAGUAGCCUGUUUUAUCCUUCGAUUUUGCUCGACCCAUCCAAAUUUGUUGUUUAGACUUUUGUGAUUCAAUACUUGAAGAUGU